AUGUUGUCUCUGGAGGACCUGGACACUAUCCAGGCGUACCAGACCGCAUUGCCGGGUACUACCACGUGGAAGCUACGACUACUUGAACUUGUCACCACUGCAUGCCACGAUAUCGCGGUCUACCUUUUUCAAAUGGACGACGGAGUUCACAAGCACGCAGAACAUGAAGCGUGGCGGGAACACAAGCUUGAAACCCUCCCAGAAGAUGACGUGAUGGGGAGGAAGCAGUUGCCCCCGCCCACACUUUUCUGGACCGGUGCCUACAUCGACUGGUCACAUUAUCCAAACGGUCUAGCUGAUAUGGCUGGAUAUUGGGCUGAAAUGCAGCUUUUCGGCGGUGUUGUCCUCUUUGACCGGGGCGAGAGUGAGAAGGAGUGCAAUGGUGUAUAUGUACACAAUCCACGUUACACCACCAUUGCUCCUCCAACAGAAGCACAGUUUAAGGACAUCGUCGAAUUGUUUCUAUCAGAGAGCCCAGACUAUGAUCGAUGUCCUCUUCCGAUCGAAGUUACUUCAGAGAACAAAUGGCGUUGGGACGCAUACGAUGCACGAACAAAGUACCAUAUCUUCAAACAUCGUCACGACAUCCCAAAUGGCCCACGUCCUCGCCGCAAGGACGUGAUCACAGACAACACCUGGCCAGAAGUCAUCGACCAUUACAAACUCGCAGGACAAGAUCCCGAGAGUGGGCCCUAUGACGAGGCUGAGAACGCUAGGGCAAGGGAGAGAAUCGCAGUAACCAUCUCUCCCAACUCUAGGUUAUGGGAAACGUUCAAGGAUGACAUUGCGAGACUUCAACCUGAUGAGAAGAGGCAAGGGCGGCCGCCGUACUUCUUUGAUUGA